ACAAGACUAAUAUUGUCAUAACAUUAGACGCCACUUCCAGUUCAACACAAUUCAACAUCUUUGCAUUUCUGUUUAAUGUUUGUCGUCUUUUUUCAUCUUUAUUUUAGUGUUGUCACUUUAUGUACACUGGAAGCUUCUGUAGCCAAAACAAAUUCCUCGUGUGUGGAAGCAAUAAACCCGAUUCUGAAGUUGCAGCGGGACUUUUAUUUUGCUUUCUGAUGCGACGUCAUAUCGCUGGGCCGCGCACCUCGACUGAAGGUGAUUUAAGGAAAAUUAAUGACGCACUCCCUCAGCAGUGUGCUGACCCUGAAUCUGUAGCUCACAGAAAAAACCCUGAGUGAGGAUAAAGAUGGCGGAUAUUAAACAGGAGAGUGACGACAUCAGGAUUGCAGAAGUGUUCACACUGAAACAAGAAGAUCCCGAGGAGCAAACAGACCUGUUGCCUCUAAGAAAAGAAUUUCAAGGACUGGAUAAUGUUAAAGAGGAAGAAGCUCUGGUUGAGGAACAUCAGGAUAUAACACCUGCAGAAAAACGCAUAACUUGCUCAGAGACUGAAAACACCACACAAAAAGCGUCUGAAAAGACAGGAUCAAGAUCUUCUUUCACUUGUGAACAGUGCGGAAGAGAUUUCGCCAAACAAGGCACACUUAACAACCACAUGAGGAUUCACACUGGAGAGAAGUCUUUCACCUGCCAACAGUGUGGAAAAGGUUUCACCCAAAAAAGAACCCUUAGAAACCACAUCAGAUUUCACAUCGAGGCAGAGUCUUUGUCCUGCCAACAGUGUGGAGAAUCCUUCACUCAGAAACAAGACCUCACAGACCACAUGAGAGUUCACACCGGAGAGAAGUCUUUCGUUUGUGACCAGUGCGGGAAAGUGUUUCUCCGGAAAGACGGCCUUGAAAAACAUUUGAAGAAUCACCAUAAAGAGAAGCCUCACGUGUGCCCCUGUGGAAAGAGCUUUACAGACAAAACCAAACUCGAGGAACACACGAAGACUCACACCGGAGAGAAACCUCACACUUGUGACAAGUGUGACGAAUGUUUCAGUGGGAAAUACGAUCUUAUAAGGCACAUGAGAUUUCAUAGUGCUGAAACUCCCUACAUAUGUCAACAAUGUGGAAAGAGUUUUGCGUUAAAACGAGUUUUAAUGACGCACGUGAAAAUUCACACUCGAGAUAGACCUUUUCUUUGCAAGCAGUGUGGAAAGUGUUUUUAUCGGAAAGACAACUUUAACAGGCAUGUGAGGGUUCACACUGGAGAGAAACCUUACGCGUGCUCUGAAUGCGGAAAGAGCUUUUCAGAAAGAUUUCAAUUCAACGAACACUCAAGAACUCAUAGUGGAGUGAAACGCUUCAGCUGUGAGCAGUGUGGGAGAGGUUUCAAUCGCAAAACUGAGCUGAAGAGGCACAUGAGAGUUCACACGGGAGAGAAGCCUUACAUGUGUCCUCAGUGUGGAAAGACGUACGCGUUCAAAACUGGAUUUGAUAUACACAUGCUACACCACAAUGCAGAGAUGCCUUACAUUUGCCCUCAGUGCGGAGAGAGAUUUUCAGUAAAACAGAGAUUUGAUGUCCACAUGAAAAUUCACGCUGGAAACUCAGACAAGUAGUAGACCCCGCUUUUUAAGUCAACAUGAAAUGGUGUUCAAACGACAUCCUGGCCUGCCAACCUGGACUGACUCCUAGAUCUCUGAAUGAACUCUUGCCCCUUCCAUUUUCCUGUCAGCCGCAAAGAAAUGAUCACGAAAUACUGACGAUUACAAGUUAAACAUUUAGUGUGUUUUUUUAUUUUGCUUAAAGGUAUUCUUGCUAAGUUUGCUUAGGUUUUAGUUUGUCUGCAUUCAAAUGUGUUUGCUUUUACAGUGAUUUUAACAUUUGUAGCUUAUGAGCUCAGCUGCAUGUUUGGAAAUUUAGGAUGCGUUGGGUUAAAUCAGGGGUCACUAAUCUCAUUCCUGGAGGGCCGGUGUCCCUGCAGGGUUUAGCUCCAACUUGCCUCAACACACCUGCCUGGAUGUUUGAAGUAUACCCAAGACCUUGAUUAGCUUGUUCAGGUGUGCUUCAUUAGGGUUGGAGGUCAAAUCUGCAGGACACCGGCCCUCCAGGAACAAGUCUGGUGACCCCUGGUUUAAAUGAUGAACGAACUCUGACUCCUGUAGGUUCCAACUUCUAUAAAGUUUCAUGACUUUCGCAUUGGCUUUGUGCAUUGCUUCUGUUUUAGGCUUUGCUGUUCGGCAUUUUAACUUUGGCUUUACAUCAAUAGUCCCAAACUCAAUUCCUGGAGGGCCACAGCUCUGCAGAUUUUAGCUACAACCACGUCCAGUUCACACCUGCUUAAUCGUCUCUUGUAGUCUUGAACACCUUGAUUAAAUGGAUCAGCUGUGUUUGAUUAGGGUUGGAGCAAAACGGUGUAGAGCUGCAGCCCUCCAGGAACCGAGUUUAAGACUCAUGUCCUACAUCGUUGUCUGGAUGUUUCUUCCUCACCUUGCAGCAUUACAUUGCUGUAACUGUUGCUUUUACAAAGAAUUAAAUUCAUGAAGCCUUGCCUACUUCAUCAAAAAUUAAGCCAUCUUCACUGCCUAGGCACUGAUCUGCUCACACCAUCACACUCUGAAGGAAGCUCAGUUGUCCUGCCUCAAGCAAUCUGGUCAUUUAGUCAAUCCUUCAGAACUCUGACAAUCCUUGAAAAUCUCGUGACUCUGGUGAGAGCCGAGUCUGUGGACGAUUACAUUCAGCACACCACCCGCGUUUUCAUGUUAUUUCUCCAUAACCUGGACAACAACCUCCAAGUUUCACGAAUCCAGAAAACUCCUUUCACUGAUAAAGGACAUCCCAAAUAUGUCCCCCCAUAACCAAUCAGCUGCGACAAGUGGAGAACUCGAAACGAGAAGAAAACCCAAAUGUCCCAACAGAACUCAUUCAUUCAUUUUCUUGUCGGCUUAGUCCCUUUAUUAAUCCGGGGUCGCCACAGUGGAAUGAUCCACCAAUUCAUCCAGCAAGCGGAUUUACACAGCGGAUGCCCUUCCAGCCGCAACCCAUCUCUGGAAAACAUCCACACAUACACUACAGACAAUUUAGCCUACCCAAUUCACUUGUACCACAUGUCUUUGGACUGUGGGGGAAACCAGAGCACCCGGAGGAAACCCUUGUGAAUGCAGGGAGAACAUGCAAACUCCACACAGAAACGUCAACUGAACUGAGACUCGAACCAGCGACCUUCUUGUUGUGAGGCGACAGCACUACCUACUGCGCCACUGCUCCCCCCACCCCAACAGAACUCAAAUAACAAAGUUUCCAUCGUUGAUAAAACUGGCGCAUAUUUGAUUUAAGCUGUGUGUUUAUGGUUUUCUAGGGUGCAAUGUCAAGAUCUUGACAAAUGCUAGCUUUUGGGACUUUCAGUCAUUUUUCAUGAACUCCUCAGAGCUGAAUGUAUGUUUGUAAAUUAGUUCACAGUGCUGUACAGUAGUAUUAAAGUUGCGUUUCAAUUUUAA